AUGAUCAUCUCGUCCUUAUACCAGCACAAGCUCAACACUCUAGACUGCUGUCUUUGUAAGAUCCGUUCGUGCUCCAUGACUCCUGGGCCUCCAGAAACGUCUAUUAUCACAACAGAUCCAUCCUCACAUCCAACAGCAAUCUUGGAUUGGGACUGGUUGGCCGCAACAGACCAAAUCACACCGGCAUUGCAGUCAUGGUUCUGA